GACUGACUUGGACGACGACGACCACCUGGGGCUGAGUCUUAUAUAUGCCAUAGCUUGGAGCUUCAUAUACAAACACACACGCGCACUAGCCUCGUGGAUUUUGCAGAUCAUCAGAGACUGAAGACUAAACACAACACUUAUUAGCCUCAACUUUAUUUGAUUCAUCCUUCAGAUUCCGAAUCCUUGCAAUGGCGCUUGAUGCUGAUGGAGUUGGGUGGUCUUCAAGCUCUUGUGGAUCAAAUAAGAGAUGGAAAUAUGAUGUGUUCAUGAGUUUUCGAGGUGAAGAUACUCGCACAAGCUUUACUGAUCAUUUGCAUGAUGCUUUAAUACGCCAAGGAUUAAGAACUUUCAGGGAUGAAGAAGGACUUGAAAGGGGACAAUAUAUUAACCCAAGUUUACUUCAAGCAAUUGAAGAAUCUCGUUCUGCAAUUGUUGUGCUCUCCCCAGGAUAUGCUUCUUCAACAUGGUGUUUGGAUGAGCUCCAAAAGAUCCUUCAUUCAAAAAAAGAGUUGGGUCUUCAAGUAUUUCCAAUCUUUUACUGUGUAGAUCCAUCUGAUGUGAGGAAACAAAAGGGAAAUUUUGCAGAAGCAUUCAUGAAACAUGAAGGAAGAUUUACGCAAGACAAUAUGAAGGUGCAAAUAUGGAGGGAGGCUUUAGAAGAAGUUGCUAGCAUAUCUGGUUGGGAUUCCCGAAAUAAGCAUGAAACAAAAUUCAUUGAAACCAUUGCUAAAGAAAUUAUGUCUAAGUUACUUGAUGACUCGCCAUCUGACCUUAGUGUAUUAGUUGGAAUUGAAUCAAAAUUAGAUGAGUUGGAGUCAGUCAUAGCAAGUGAUUCAAAGGGAGUUCGAUCUAUAGGAAUUUGGGGAACAGGAGGCUUAGGAAAAACUACUCUUGCAAGAGCUUUUUACGAGCGAAAAUGCAAAGACUUUGAAGUUUGUUGCUUUCUUCAUAAUAUCAGAGAGGUAUUUGAAAAAGGUGGUUUAAUUUCAUUGCAAAGAAAACUUCUUUUUUCUUUGAAUAAGAGAAGUGUAGAAGUGGAUGAUUGUUAUGAAGGAAUGAAGUUGAUAAAAAACAUGGUGGGAGAUAGAAAAAUUCUACUAGUCCUUGAUGAUGUGAGUAAGAUAAGCCAACUUGAAUAUUUGGCUCGAGAGCAAGGAUGGUUUGGCAAUGGGAGUAGAAUAUUAAUAACAACAAGAGAUAUGCAUUUGUUAUCAUCAUAUGAUGUAUCUACUCAGUAUAACAUCAAAUUCUUGAGUGACGACCAGUCCCUUCAACUUUUCCGUCAAAAUGCUUUUAAAGGAAAAAAUCAACCAAAUGAAGGUUACUUAAAGCUUUCUAAAAAUGUGAUAAAGUAUGCUGGAGGCCUUCCUUUGGCUCUCAAAGUGUUAGGUUCAUUUCUUUGUGGAAGAACUAUAGAGGAAUGGAAGGAUGCACUUGCCAAGUUCAAGAAGGUUCCUCCAAAGGACAUGCUGAAGAUACUUGAAGUGAGUUUUGACGGAUUAGAUGAUAAGGAGAAGACUAUAUUCUUGGAUGUUGCUUGCUUUUUCAAUGGGAUGGCCAAAGAUUAUGUCAUUCAAAUUUUAGAAACAUUUGAUGAAGACCUUCACCCAAAAUUUGGAAUAAAGGUUCUUACUGAGAAAUCACUGCUAGUAAUUAAUCACGAAGGGCAUUUGUGGGUGCAUGAUAUUCUUCAAGAUAUGGGUAAAUAUAUUGUUCUUCAAGAAUCACCUAAUGACGCUAGUAAGCGUUCUAGGACAUUGUCUUUGAAGGAUGCCAAUGAUAUCCUAAAAAGAAAUAAGGGUACAAGAGCAAUUCGAGGUAUUGCUCUAACAUUAGAAAAAUCAUUUGAUGCACUUUGGGAUCCUAAAGCCUUCUCAAAGAUGAGUAAUCUCAAGUUACUUACCAUUUCAAGUUCCUCAUCACAUGUUUCUCGUUGCCAAUUGAAUCUUCCUGGUGGACUUAAAUCUCUUCCCAAUGAAUUGAGAGUUUUUGAAUGGGAGGGGUAUCCUUUUGAUUAUCUGCCCAGACAUACUCAACUUGAUAAACUUGUUCAUCUAAAAAUGCAACAUAGCAAGUUAAAACAACUUUGGAGAGGCACACAGUCUCUACAAAGGCUGAUGUCCAUUGAUUUAUCUCAUUCAAAAUACCUCAUCAAAACUCCAGAUUUUGAUAGAAUUCCUAAUCUUGAGAUAUUGAUUCUAGAAGGGUGUUCUAACCUUGUUGAAAUUCACCAGUCUCUUGGGCAACACAAGAAUCUUGUCACUGUUAAUUUGAAAGGCUGCACAAAAGUUAAAUCCCUUACAAGAAAAUUUGAGAUGGAUUGCUUACAGACUUUUGUUCUAUCCGGUUGUUUAAAAAUUAGAAAACUUCCUGAGUUUGGAAAGGAUAUGAAAUGUCUCUCUAAGCUUAAUUUAGAGGGCACUGCUAUAUCCAAACUACCUGAAUCACUGGGCAAUUUGAUUGAUCUUGCUGAACUAAAUUUGUCAGGUUGCAAAAAUCUGGCUUGCCUUUCGAAUAAUGUUUGCAAAAAUAAGAUUAUCACAAUUUCUGGUUCGUCAAAGCUUUCAAGGAUGCCAGAGGAUUUGAAUGAAAAUGGGGCUUUGGAAGUGCUUGAUGUGGGUCAUCAAAUUUCUAAAGAGGCACAAUCAAUUUGUGAAUACAAUGGUCGAGCACAUUCUUCAAUGUCAUGGAGUAGCUUCUCCCUUCUCAGGAAGGCAUUUGGGCUUCAAAGGCCUUCAAGGUCAAUAAAUCUUUUCUUGUCCCCUUCUUUAUCAUGCUUGAGCGAAUUAAAUUUAGGUUAUUGUAAUCUCUAUGAUGGAUCACUUCCUGAUGACAUUAGCCGCUUUACAUCAUUGGCAUCAUUAAAUUUAAGUGGAAACAAUUUCAUUGACUUACCAUCUGGCCUCAUUUCCAAUCUUUCGAAGCUUCGAUGUAUUGGUCUCGUUGAUUGCCCAAUGCUUAAGUCCUUGCCACAACUUCCGUCAAAUCUGUCAGUUAUUUGGGCAAAUGGUUGUCCAUCAAUGGAACAUUACAUAUUUUCGCAGAAGCUAUGGGAGUUCAUUGAAUCAUUCCAAUCUCAGGUUCAUAAUAUCAGUGACGUCUUAAUAUUUGAUCAAUCUGAUGGAUAUAAAUGUUUCCUUGUAAGUAUGGGGUCUGGAAUUAUUACACGGGAUUCACAAAUUCCUGACUUCUUCGUGCAACCCGUUCGCCAAUUAAAGAUUCCUGGUAGUGAAGUGCCGUCAUGGUUUCAUAAUCAAGACUACUUUUGUGAGAAAGAAUUCAAUGAUCCAAAUGUGUCAUUCAUAGUAAGCAUACCUGAUCAUUGUCGAAGAAGUGAAUGGUGGGGCAUAGCCACAUGCUUAGUGAUAGAAAACGAUUUGGCAUAUGACGAAGAGUGUGAUAUUGUUUGGUGGACUUUCAAAUUUCUUAAUGAUGAAUUUCCAAAUACGUAUGGUUUCUCUAUCAUUGUGUUACAGGCAAAUUGGAGUCAUCAACUCUGUAUUAUAUAUAUUCGUUGUUCCUCUUUAGUUGUAAACAAACUUCAAAUGGUAUUUUCUACUGUAAAUCCAUUUGAAAUUGAUGAGUCACCGAAGUCUAAAGUAAGGAAGUGUGGGUGGCGUGUGGUGUGUAAAGAAGAUGUUGAAACAUGGAAUGAGGGCUGUAGUAGCAUCAAUGAUUGAAUCAAAGUUAGCCCAAAAUGCCAAGCCACCUAACAAAGUGCAUAAAAUAAGAACAAAUGCUUCAAGCGAUGUCAAAAGAUGGCAAAAACCAAGAUAUGAAGUUGAAGUUCAUUCUAACAAUUUAAACAAUCCUAAUGAAGUUGAGAAUAAAGAUGGCUGUAGCUGUUUGAUGGAUCCCAUGGCAUGGAUGAUAUGGUGUCAAUAACAACGAAGCUUGAGGAUGGUAAUCAUGAAUAUGGUGGCAUGAAAGGAGCCUAAGGCAAGGAGCAAGGAGCGCAAUACUUCCAAUCCAACGUGUCUAAAGACCCUUUACAACAUAUUGGAAGUUCAAUGAUAAGAACCCGAACUAAAGUCAUGAAGCAAGCUUUGUUUAGUCUUGUGCAAGAAGUCCAAGAGUUUGGAGAGCAUUGGGCUACUCCUCUCAAGCCCAAAGGAGAGCAUCUAUAUGUAUAUAAUAUGCUUAAGAUCCAAAUCCAUAAAGAGUCAAGCUCAAGAGAUGCAAACCUUAGCCCAACGUAAGAAAUACUAAAAGUUGAGUCUCUUGCGAGCAAGGAGGCAUGAAACCCUAGUGAAGAAGUCAAAGGUGGCAUGAUUUUAAAUCAUCUAUGAUCCCUUGAUUGUCUCCUAAACUGUUUCCUAUUUCAAUGGUCCUUUGAUUUGACUCCCUUUCUUAAAGAGCAAGAUUAAUCUUUGUUUCCUAUUUUGAGUCUAGUCAAAGAUUAGGAUUAAUUAUAUUAUUAAUUUAUAAGUUUUGUAAUCCUAUAAUUUUAGGAUCCUCCUAAAUUAUAUGGCUGGAGAUUUUCUCAUUAUUUUAUAUUAUUUCUCUUUUUAGUAUUAGGAAAUUAGGGUUUUAAUUUUAGGAAAUAGUUUUCUCUAUGAGCCUAUAUAAAUUAGGCAUGCUCCCUCUUGUAAAGAAAAAGAGAAGUUGAAUGAAAUUAUUCAUUUUAAAAUUUAUAACUCUUGUGAGCCUUAGGGCUUUGUGGUGGCAUCCAGUGUGAAAAACAGAUGUGAUCAAGAGCGUGAUCAACUCUUGUAGUGUCUUCGAAGGUUGAGAUUCCUAGAGGGUUCUAUCUCUAAACUAGCACGAUUCUACUUCCGCAUCCCCUAUCAUUGUUGGGAGUGGAUUUCAAAUUUUUGGCAUUCCAUUGAGCAUCUCUCUCGGACUUGAUGUUAAGGUUGUGUACAGGAGUCAGGGGAACUGGGAAUUUUCUAAGAGACAUUCAAGAAGCAAGAGCUAGAUACAAGCUAAGAGCUUAUCUAGUUUCCUCUAUUCUCCCAUCCUUAAAUUGAUAUGAGAGUGGCUAAUAAACUUGUUCAUUUGUAUUGUUAAGAACCCUAUUGUAUGAAUUUGAGCUUGUAUCCUAUUGUUUUUUUUUUUUUUUUUUUGCCUUAGCGAUUUCUAAGGCGUAUGCUUUGUCAGUUCUUUUCUUCAAGCCUUCUUCUUGCGUGGCUGU